AUGGCCGAAAGCUUUGGGGCCAACGAGGGAGGUCAUCCUUCCCGACAACCGAUCCACGCGUCGAGGAAUUUCCCCUUCAGUCAAUUCAUUCUGGAGACACCGCUACUGGAGAGAUGGAAAAUGCUAACGUUCGACAAGUAUGACGGGACGACGAACCCUGACAACCACAUGCGGAUCUUCACGCACCAGAUGAUGUUCCACGCAGUGAGUGACCCGAUCUGGUGUCGCAUUUUCUCGACCUCCCUGACGGGAGAGGUGUUGGAGUGGUUCUUUGAGCUGUCGACCAACAACAUCGACUCCUUUGCCACUCUGAAGGCCAGGUUUAGCACGCAGUUUUCCCCUCUGAGGUCGGCUAUCUUGACGGUAGAUAACUUAGUAAACAUCCGGCAGGAGGAUGGGGAGUCGCUGAGGAGUUAUCUCGAUCGAUACAAUCGUAUGUCGGUCAAGAUAAAAGACCUCAGCAUGAAAUCGCCUGACAGGGAGGAGGCUUUCAGCGCCGACUCACUUCCAACGACCAAAAGGAAGCCCCCACCUCCCGACGCCGAUGGCAGCAAGCACUGUCAGUACCAUCGAACGAUCGGCCACACCACUGAAGAAUGCCACACACUCCGCAACAACAUUGAGGAGCUAAUUCGACAAGAGCACUUGAAGAAGUACAUUCAGCAAGAUCACCCCCAACGAAGCCCGAUCAAAAACAGAAGUCCCGCACGGAGGCAAGCCCCGGCCAGGUGGGAGAAGCGGAGAGAGCCAGAGCCCGAGAGGCAAAUGAGGGAACCGUCCAGGGCCCACCGAAGCCCGAGGAGGAGUCGCAGCCGGAGCAGGGACAAACCCCUAAGGGGUUAUAUCAAUAUCAUUUCCGGAAGAUUCGCUGGAGGAGGAUCGAGCUCGUCCACUCGGAAGAGGCACGUUCGGGCGCUCAAGUCAGUUCAUCUGGUAGAGAGGAAGGUGCGGUCUAUGCCCCCCAUCACUUUUACUGACGAGGACUUCAAGGCUCCUGAUCCCGAUCAUGAUGAUCCCAUGGUCAUCUCCAUUGAGGUAGCCGAGUAUGGAAUCGGGAAGGUUCUGGUGGACCAUGGGAGCUCCGUCAACAUCUUAUACUAG